GCCCAGCCGACCACCCAGACCCUCGGGCCGUCCAGUGUGCUGCCUACAACGACCAGGAGUUCAUGGGCCGUUUCUAUCAGUGGGAACCUUUCACGGAUGUGCGAGGCUCCCAGCGCUGUGAGCUGAACUGCCGUCCCAUCGGCCACCGAUUCUACGUGCGCCACACGGAAAAAGUGCGAGACGGCAUCCCGUGCGAGGCCUCCUCCCAGGAUAUCUGUGUGGCUGGGCAGUGCCUUACUCCUGGCUGUGACGGGAUCCUGGGUUCAAAUCGAACCCUGGACAGUUGCGGCAUCUGCGGAGGGGACCACACCACUUGCAAGCUGGUGGUUGGCAACUUCAGCGAGACGGACGUCCCCAUCGGGUAUCACCGCAUCUUGGAGAUCCCGGCGGGGGCCACUCGGAUCCACAUCAGGGAGAUGACCCGAAGCCCAAACUACCUGGCUCUUCGUAGCCACAACGGCAAAUCCAUCAUCAACGGAAACUGGGCGGUGAACCCACCCGGGCGCUACGAGGCAGCCGGGACGGUUUUUGUCUAUAGCCGCCCGGGGAACGACAGGCAGGAAGGGGAAUCGCUGAUGGCGGACGGACCCACCGUGGAACCUAUAGAUGUGUAUAUGAUCUUCCAGCAAGACAACCCUGGGGUCUCCUACCAGUUCUUCCUCUCUUCUGCCCUGCCAGAGGACUCCCAUCGUGAGCAACCUCCUUCUCGCCCAGAAUUCGGUGCCUUGACUCUGGUUUCCCCCGGCAGUCCUGCAGAGUCCCCUCUGAGCCACAUUGUGCGCCCGGCGUCAGCCGAGGGGCGUCACCGAAUCCCGGCGGGUCCCCCAGUCUCCUCCGGCCAGUCGGGGAGGACUCGUGCCGUGGCCCCACCUCCUCCGGCCUCGGGCGGCCACUCGGGAAGGAGCCCCGGGACGCUGCAGCGCCACGUCCGGGUCCCACCCUUGCUGCCUCCCCCUCCGCACCACUCCGAGGGCUCGCACGACUACUACUGGAGGCGGAUCGGCAACACGGCCUGCUCGGCCACUUGCGGGAAAGGUUUCUGGCAGUCAGUCUACCGUUGCAUCUCCUGGGCUUCCCAAGAAGAGGUGGGAGAGGAACAUUGCCACCUGAUUCCGAAGCCCAUCGUGCAGGAAGAGGUCUGCAACACAGAGCCCUGCCCGGCCUACUGGGACGCAGGCGACUGGUCGGCAUGCAGCAAAUCCUGCGGCCUGGGCACUCAGCACCGCCAGGUCCUCUGCCGGCAGAUCUACGCCAACCGCAGCACCGUGGUCCACCCGCAGCGCUGCGGCCACCUGGAGAAGCCCAACGCCACCCAGGCCUGCCAGGUGCAAGUGUGCAGCCACUGGGAGAUCCACGCCAACUGGAGCUCGUGUUCUGUUCUCUGUGGAACAGGCCACCGAACGCGCCACGUCCGCUGUGUGAGUAACGAGGGGGCCGUGCUGAGAGACAGCGACUGUCCCAGCAACAACCGUCCCGAAACCAGCGAGGCCUGUGACGUGGGGCCCUGCGUCCGGACGUGGUUCUACAGCGACUGGAGUAACACGUGCUCGGCCGAGUGCGGGACUGGGAUCCAGCGCCGCUCCGUGGUUUGCCUGUCCAGCGACGCCGACGGGGAGGCCGAGGAGAACUGUGCCGGCGCCAAGCCGGCCGAAAUGAGGGCCUGCAGCGGGGGUCCCUGCCGGCGUGUGGCCCGUUGGUACAGCGGGCCCUGGAGUACGUGCUCCUCCGACUGCGGCACCGGCACCCAGCGGCGCGACGUCAUUUGCGUGAGCAAGCUGGGCACAGAGUUCAACGUGACGGAGGCCUCGGAGUGCGCCCACCUGGAGAAGCCGCCCUCCCUCCAGCCCUGCGCUGGCACUUCUUGCAAAGCCCGCUGGUUUUCCACGGCCUGGAGUGCGUGCUCCCGCUCCUGCGUGGGGGGCGUCCAGGUGCGGGAAGUCCAGUGCCUGACCCCAAACAGGACCCUGACCCACCUCUGCCCGCCGGACCUCAAGCCGGCCCAGAAGCGACCCUGCAAUACCCAGCCCUGCCUCCCGGAGCUCGACGAAAACUGCCAGGAUAAAUAUCCCAACUGCCCAGUGAUCGUGCAGGCUCGCCUCUGCGCCUACUCGUAUUACAAGGCUCUCUGCUGCGCCUCCUGUACGCACGCCCUGCAGAGGCGCCACGCUGGACCGAGCCGAUAGCACCGGCGGACAAGACGGGUCCCAGACGUCUACCCUUACUUGAAACCUGGGGACAAAUUUAAGUGGGGUCCUGGAUGGUUGCCCCCUCUGAUCACCUGAGACCCCCACCCCGACUACCAUCACCACUUCACAGAAGUGGGGGAAUGGAAGACCCCUGCCGAGGAAGAUGAAAAGUGUUUUGAACUCGAGACUCAGAAGUUGUUUUCCAGGACUGAACCUUUUCAGGAUGAAAUAUCCUGUACUGGUUCCGAUCUUCCUGGGGGGGACAGCCCACCCUCCUUGGAGGAACUAAGGACUCCCUCCUGCCCAGCGCCCACUCCUUCAGACUCGGGUCCCUUCCUCGGUGACAUGGAACAGCGGGGACCACACACAAGCCCACCCCUUCGUGACUCUGGCUGAGAAGGCCUGUCUGCAAACGAGGCCCACUGAGAACCAGGCUGCCCCGGGCGGAUCAUCUGAAACCCCAAAGAGGCUUCGGCAUUCAGCCUUCACCUCCAGCUGCUGCAUCAUGCUGACUGGGGCUCCAACCCCAGAGAUCCUUCAAGGCUGCUGUGCUUUUCCAAAGGUUUCACUCCUGCUGGGAUGAGCUGUAAGCUAAAAGAUGCUAGUAUUUUUGGCCCCACCCCUUUUGUGAGUCUACGCUGUACUGCGGCUCGGCUUUCUGACCAAACUUCGCCCAAAGCGAACGAUUUCUGGGUGCACCCCUAAGGUCAUGAAACUGUCUUUCCCUCCACGCACCCAACUGCCCCAUCACCUUCACGGCCAGAACGGAGCCCCUGGGGAAGGGACAUCCUGGCUCGGCCUUUGCCCUCGAACCUCCUGCUCUGCUUUGCAGAUGGGUUUCUCUGUGCAAUGCCCAGGGUUGCCAACUCUUGUAUGGGCCCCUGCUCUUGUGCCUCUUAAGCUGCCAGGAAAAAAACAAGUCUACAAGAAUUAAGGUGGCAACCUCACACCUUUUGGUAAACCUGGUCAGUUCAAAUGACCAACAGUAGGAAUGCUGGUGGAUAAAAUGGUGCUGGAUACGGGCCAGCCCCCAGCCGGCGAUGGCUCCUGUACCUUCUAGAAUGUAUAAAAAUGCAGCGCUGGGAGGGGCGGAAGGGAUUCAGCUGCACCUGUUGAAUGUCUACACUGCUCUUAAUAGCACCGGGGCCCUCCUGGAAGCUGGAUGUGACAUUACCUUGAACUGCAACACAGUGACAAGAAAUGAAAUGAAAACAUUUAUAUUAAAGGCGUUUUACAGAGAAGGUUCAGAAUGCUCAAAUUAUAUAAAAGCAAAGAAAUAUAUAUAGUGUUAUAUAUAAAUUUUUAUGAUAAAGCUGAAUGUAUCUAGAAGUUCUGUUUCCCCACACCCCAGUCCUUGGGGUUUUGUGUGUGUGUGUGUUUUUUUGGUCCAAAUCUAAUUUAUUUUUAUUAAAGAUUAUUUGAUGUUUA